UCAUCCAAAACAACUGAAAGUUAUUUAAGGCAUUUUUUGGUUUUAGAACAAGGAAAACAAUAUAAAACCUACAUUUCUUGAACGACGACAAAAAAAUAAAUUGCAAGAAAACGAUUUGGCGAAAGCAAAGCAAGGCAGAAGUAACUAUAAUUCCAAGGAUGAGGUCACCCUAGAUUACUGGACAAAUCCUGUAGGAAUAAUGAAGAAAGAUGAGAAGAAUAAAGAGGAUAAGAAGAAAGAUGAGAAGAAUGAAAAGGAAAAGAAGGAAGAUGAGAAGAAUGAAGAGGAAAAGAAGAAAGCGGACGAGAUAGAAGAAGAUGACCUGCAUACAGCGAUCGCUUCGAAAUCUCAAGAUGACAGAGUGAUUCUCACAAUAGUAGAAGAACCGGGCAUUCUGCCUAACCUACCCAGUAAAGAGAAAAUUGAAAAGGAUAAAAAGGCCAAGGAACUGGAAUUCUUCAGACGUGAUCAAAAACAAGUAGGAUCAGCAGAAACUGAAAAUAUUCAACCAGCACGUGCUGGUUCGGUUUCAAGGAAAAAACAGAAAUCUAGGGGAGGAAAGCAGCAGGCAGCGGCAUCUGUAGCAGCAACACCGAAGGGAUCACGUAAACGAAUGUUACGCACAGGAAAGUUGGCGAGUGCAAGAUCAUUACGACAAAAGGUAUUGCAUUAA